AUGGGUGAGAGAAAGAUCUUUUCCCUCACCCAUUACCCCCUGCAGCAGGUGCUAACUACUUGGCCAAAUGAGGCCAUCUUUGAAGAAAUACAUGAAAGUAAUAGAGAGGAUGCUGCGGCUGAGUCCCAGGAGCUAGAGGCAUUUGACCUUCAGGCCAGCCUGUCUUUGAAACAGAAUGACAUUGCCAGGCAAACAAUAGCAGCUGCUGAGCAUAAAGGACCAGAAACUGCUUUUAAACACCAGAUUCAGAACCUAGUUUGGAACAUUACCAAGGGGUUUCCACUCCUGGAAAAAGUCAUCAAGGCUGCCGGGAGUGCGAAUGCCCGCAAGCGUGCGCCCGUGGGAGGCGACUGCGCUCUUCCCUCAGGGGCCCAGCGCUGUGGUGAGGAUCCUCACGGUCAGCCUGGCCUCUCACUGGCCGUGGACCAGGACCCCAGGCCGCGCAACAUAGCCCCGAGGCGCCUCGUCAUUGCUCGCGCUCCACCUCACCCCCUCAGCUUCCUUCCUCCAUUCUGCACUCCGGAGAGCAAGCGCGGGCUGGAUCCGAACCUGGGCCGGAGCACCCAGAUCACGGCGCACUGCGGCUGGGGCUGUUGGGACGUUCCUUUAUUAAUUUAUUUGUGGAGAGCUAUCUCUGAGCAUCCGCGGUGGCCAGCACCAGGAGCAUUGAGCUGGAGCAAUUUGGAAGAACGGGACAGAAGGCCACGGCCAGGGUCGCGGAGAGGUGCUCCCAGCUCCUCCGGGGCCAGCAGCAUCUCUAGCCCCAAGGGCAAUGGGCUCUUCCUCAGCCUGGUGCACAUUGCUCACUGCAACUUCUACUGCACCUCGGAUUUGCAGGACUUAAACUCAGAGAAGAAGGCCAAGAAGGCAUGCUUCUACCGGAAUGGGGACCGUUACUUCAGAGGCCUGGUCUUUGCCAUCUCCAAUGAUCGCUUUCAUUCCUUUGAUGUGCUCCUCAUAGAGCUGACCUGCUUCCUGUCUGACAAUGUGAACCUGCCUCAGGGCGUCCGCACAAUCUACACCAUAGAUGGCAGUCGGAAGGUCACCAGCUUGGACAAGCUGCUGGAAGGUCUGAGCACUUGGGAACAAACAAGCAUCCACCCAUCCAAUCCUUACAGAAGGCCCCUGACUGGACUCAAGAUGCCCCCGCACCCCGAGAUCCCUCGCUGGAGACUUCAGGAAGAUUCCCAGAGCGCCACAGUGUCCACAGACUCUGCCCAGAAGGCGACCAGGACUCCACUGGUUGCCUGGGCCAUGCCCAGAGAGGCUUUAGGCCCUUGA